ACUCAAAACCCAAGAAAAUAUUUUAUCAAAAAAAUAAUUAUAAAAGAGUAUUAUUAACCCGAUAAGAAAAGCCUGUCUUCACGAUCUGUCACCGAAUAUUUCUUUCAUUGUUGCUUGUCUCCCACCUCAAUAAACCCAACUCAAACAAACCUAAACCCAAUUUCCCACUAAUUUCUUUCUCUUUAAUCAAAAAUUAAAAGCCCUAAUCUUGAAAAUCCAAGAUCCACAGCUUCAAGCUCACCAUGAAUGACCUUUUAUCUGAAUCAUUUGAGAAUCCUCGGGGUCAAGGUUAUGGCGGUGGAGAUCUUGAAAUGGGAACACAACGGGAAGCGAGUUCCGGGGAGUUGGGCUUAGAUGAAUUUUUCAAGAAGGUUCAAGCCAUCGAGAAACAAUAUGAGAAACUUAAUAAACUACUAAAAAAGUUACAGGAUGCUCACGAGGAGUCAAAGGCUGUAACCAAGGCGGCCGCUAUGAAAGCAAUCAAGCAGCGGAUGGAGAAAGAUGUGGAUGAAGUUGGAAAGAUUGCUCGAUUUAUUAAAUCUAAAAUUGAGGAACUUGACAAAGAGAACUUGGCAAACAGACAAAAGCCUGGAUGUGGAAAAGGAACGGGAGUUGACCGAUCAAGAACGGCCACUACCCUCUCAUUGAAGAAGAAGUUUAAAGACAAAAUGUCGGAAUUUCAGGCUCUUAGAGAAAGUAUCAGUCAAGAGCAUCGUGAGGUGGUUGAGAGGCGUGUAUAUACAGUGACCGGAGCUCGGGCCGAUGAAGAGACAAUUGAUAAACUCAUAGAGACAGGUGACAGCGAACAGAUAUUUCAGAAAGCAAUCCGGGAACAAGGACGGGGACAGGUUCUUGACACACUGGCCGAAAUCCAAGAACGCCAUGAUGCAGUGAGAGAAGUAGAACGGAAACUUCUUGAGUUGCAACAGAUAUUUAUGGAUAUGGCUGUAUUGGUGGACGCUCAAGGGGAAAUGCUAGACAACAUUGAGACACAGGUUUCGAAUGCAGUAGACCAUGUGCAGGAUGGAAACAAAGCCCUUUUCAAGGCAAAGAGUCUACAGAAGAACUCGAGAAAGUGGAUGUGUAUUGCUAUCUUGAUUUUACUCAUUAUCAUUGCAGUCGUCGUCGUUGGUGUGCUGAAGCCAUGGAAAAGUGGGAAUGGCGCUUAGCGGACUUCUGGUAUCAGAUGCCAAAGAAAUUGUGUUGUAGUUUCAUUGCAUACUGAGAGUAUUAAGUGUGGGAUCUAUUUGGGAAUACAAGAUUUACUAGAACAUAUUAUCCCUUAUUCUUAUGUAUAUUGAGAGCAUAUUUUUUUCUUCUUUUCAAAUGUUGAUCUCUAAGCUGUCCCUAUAUUCCAUUUGACUCUGCUUAUAUUGAAAUUCAUAUUUUCUAUAUGUUUGAUUAUAUAUUAAUCUAUGUACAAUUUCAGUUUGUAGCCA